UCAAGAUUCACCAUGGUUGUCAAGGUGUACGUGGAUUACAGUUCGCAGCCUAGCCGCGCUAUUCUCAUCUUUCUCAAAAACACCAAAAUCCCUUUCGAAAUCGAAGAAGUAAACCUGAUGGAAGGAGACCAUCAGAAACCUGAGUUUGUAAAAAUAACUCCUCUCUGCACUGUACCAGCCAUUCAAGAUGGUGACUUCAGCAUGGGCGAAACAGUGGCGAUCAUCAGGUACUUGGCAACAAAGUAUGCAGACCUAGUCCCUGACCACUGGUACCCGAAGGAUCUAGAGAAAAGAGCCAGAGUUGAUGAAUACAUGGCAUUUCACCAUACAGGAACAAGAGGAGGGUGUUGUGGAAUCUUCAUCAGUGAGGUUCUCAUCCCGUUGAUUUCAGAAGGAAAGGAGCGUGCGUCGGAGGAAACAUUGAAGAGAGACGAAGAAAAUCUUACCAAGCAGCUUGAUAAGCUAGAGAAUGCUUUCUUACAGGACAAUGAUUGGUUGGCCGGGGAUGACAUCUCAGUCGCUGAUGUGCUGGCUGUUUCUGAGAUGAUGGAGAAUACCCUGAAUGGACGAGACGUGACAAUGGGUCGACCUAAACUCAAGGCAUUCGUGGACCGCGUCAAGGAUCGUCUGAAUCCCAUCUUUGAUGAAAUUCACGCAGAGAUGUAUGCAUGGAAGGACAAAUACUGCAGCGAAAUACUCUAAUUGAAAAUCGUUUAACAAA